AUGCCCGAUGGCGAUGGAGGCAAUGAGACGGUCUCUUCAGGUUUCGAGCCGUCUGGAUUGCCAGAAGGAGCGCACCAUUUCGGCGCCAAAGUACCAUGUUACCAUAAGGAAGCACGAGAGGUUGGAUACUGCCAGGUUGUCCAAGCCCACACAGGGGAAGUCAAUAGGCAGAGACCGGGUUCGAACCACGGGCCUUCCGGUCAGUAA